AUGGCUGUAGAACUACCAGUGCUGCAGAAGCUGUGGGAGCAUCCAGACCCGCAGAGCACGCGCAUGUACAAGUUCAUGCAGAAGGCGAAUCGGAAAUGGGGGUUAAGUAUGGAGACAUUCCAGGAUCUGUAUGAGUGGUCUGUGGGGGAGAGACGGAACGAGUUCUGGCAGGAGUUAUGGGAUGAGAUUGAGCUGGUGCAUGAGGGGAGUUUUGAUAAGCCCGUCGACACCACCAUCCCCAUGGACGCCCUCCCCCGCUGGUUCUCGGGCACGCGCCUCAACUUCACCGAAAACCUCCUCUACACCCGCUCCCCCGGCUCCCCUUCCACCCUCACGACCCUCCACAAGGAAGACUCCAAGCCCGCCCUGACCCAAAUCCGCGAAGGCAACACCGAAGUCUGCGCCCUCACCUACGGCGCGUUGCGCGCCCGCGUCGGCCUGCUCUCCAACGCGCUGCGCGCCGCGGGCGUCCGCAAGGGCGACCGCGUCGCCGUCGUCGCGAGCAACUCGAUCGACACACUGACGAGCUUCCUCGCCACGGCGGCGCUGGGCGCGCUGUGGAGCAGCAGCAGCACGGACAUGGGCGUCAAGGGGGUGCUGGACCGGCUGGUGCAGAUCCGGCCCAAGUUUGUGUUUGUGGAUGACUGGGCUGUGUAUAACGGGAAGACGGUGGACUUGCGGCCUAAGAUUGCUGAGAUUGUAGCUGGGUUGAAGAAGGCGGAGGUGAGCGAGUUUGAGGCGGUGGUUGUGCAGCCAAGAUUCGAGGAGGCGGCGGGGCUGGAGGGGGUGGAUAUGGCGGUGCCGUUGGGAGAGUUUGUGCGGAAGGCGGGAGGGGUGGAGACGUUGGUGUGUGAGAGGGUGGAGUUUAGGGAUCCGUUUUUGAUUGUGUAUAGUUCGGGGACGACGGGGGUGCCGAAGUGUAUUGUGCAUUCGACGGGCGGAGUGUUGGUGAGUGCGAUGAAGGAGGGGAAGUUGCAUAGGGACGCGGGGCCGGAUACGGUGAUGUUGCAGUAUACUACUACCGGCUGGAUCAUGUACAUGAGCGCCGUCCUCACCCUCCUCUGGGGCGGCCGUUCAGUCCUCUACGACGGCUCCCCCUUCCAACCCGACCUAACCACCUUCAUGAAGAUAGUCGGCGAGCAACGCGUCACCAACCUCGGCACCUCCCCCAAAUACCUGCACGAGCUCCAAAAACACGCCAUCGUCCCGCGCACUCUCACCGACCUCAGCGCCCUGCGCGCUGUCACCAGCACCGGCAUGGUGCUCUCCGACGCCCUCUUCGCCUGGUUCUACGCCACCGCCUUCCCGCCCGCCGUCCACCUGGCCAACAUCUCCGGCGGCACCGACCUGGCCGCGUGCUUCGGCAUGGAGAACCCGCUGACGCCGCUGCACGUCGGCGGCUGCCAGGGCCCCUCGCUCGGCACCAAGGUCGAGGUGUACGACGCCACCAUCGAGGGCGGGCCGGGCGUCGCCGGCGCGAAAGUGGAGGACGGCGUGCCCGGGGAACUGGUGGCGACGGCGAGUUUCCCGAACCAGCCCGUGUUUUUCUGGGGCAAGGAGGGCGCCGCGACGUAUCAGGCUGCGUAUUUUGCGCGGUUUGCGCAUGUGUGGACGCAUGGGGAUUUCAUCGUCGUGCACCCGGUUACGAAGCAGAUCACGUUCCUGGGCCGCGCGGACGGGGUGCUGAAUCCGUCGGGGGUGCGGUUCGGGUCUGCGGAGAUCUACAGCGUGAUUGAGAAUAAGUUUGGCGAGGAGAUCCAGGAUAGUAUUUGUGUGGGCCAGCGGCGGCCGCAGGAUGAGGAUGAGAGCGUGAUGUUGUUCUUGCUGAUGGCGAAGGGGGCGAGGUUUGGGGAGGGGUUGGUGGAGAGGGUGAGGGCGGAGAUUGGGAGGGGUUUAAGUAAGAGGCAUGUGCCGAAGUAUGUUUUUGAGACUUUUGAGAUUCCGACUACCGUCAAUCUGAAGAAGGUCGAGUUGCCGGUUAAGCAGAUUGUUUCUGGGAGGAUUGUCAAGCCGAGUGGUACGCUGCUGAAUCCCGGAAGCUUGGACUACUAUUACCAGUUUGCGAAGGUGGAAGAGGUGCUGGCUAAGCAGGGCCAGAUAGAUAGAAGUGUAGAGCGGAAGACGGGCUGGGAGCAUACACAGUAG